GUCGAAGGACACUGUAUAACCCCUUCCACAAGAGAGACAAACCAUGGGAUCCUUACGGAGUAGCCAAAGUGGACUUUUCUGACCUCCUCUUGGGGGUCCGUCUACUAGAGCUGCAAAUUCCCAUCAUUAAUUGUCAAACCCCAGACAUCCUGGGGAUCUCUCCCAGUUCUUCCGGAAGACUUUUAGGAAUAUCUGGUGCUGUUGAUGGACCUGUUGACCAGCCACUGAGUUCUGGCCACUACAUCCAGGAGAAUGCCAUGCUGAAGGUUAAGAUUCAGCUAGCUCAUCCAUUGAACACACCAACCAGUCUCCUUUCUAAAGACUACAUUGCAUAUUCCAUAGAGUGUCCGUUUAAUCGAAUCAUCUUCAUAUUUGACUACCAAAAUGUGGAGCUGUUACAUAACAUCCGAACCCUUGUCAUGAGCUUCAAUGCCAGGGCUCUGGGACUCGACACCAUGUCCCAGCAUGCUAUUAAUACUGCUCUGGCCAUGUACAAACUUUCCAUAGUGCAGCAGUGCAGCCUUGACCUGAAUGUUGUCACAGGCUUCCAUGUCCUGGAUGGAGAGAAGCACAUGUUUGUUCUAGAGGGUCUGGCAGAUCAGGCUAUUGAUGUGCUUUGGGAGACAUUACCGCAGCCCAAACAGUCUGAUGUUCGUGUGCUGUAUAACUCGGACCUCUGCUUCAGCAAGAGACUGUACGGCUCCCUGGAUGUGGACCUGUGCCGGGUAAAGCUUCAUGAACCUUUGUCAGUCAUCGUCAAGCAGCCACUCCUCUAUGUCAGGGACAUGGUGUUCAAGCCUUGUUAUGAUGCUCUGACCAAACUGCACCAGAUCACUCAGAUGGACAGAAUGAGGAAUGUUGUCAAGUAUGACCUAUUUCCUACAGCAGAGAUGGUUGUGGUAAUGAGCCGAGAGUUUGGGGUACCUUAUACAGAGAAAGAUGCUGCAGAACUCAAGUAUUCUGUUUCUGAGGAGAACGUUGAGCAGGAUCUACCAGAGCCGGAGUUAAGUCAGCUUGAAGUGGGCCGGCAGGACAUGCCUGUUGACAGCCAUACACCACCCUGGGAGCAGGACGCUAGCAAAGACCAAAAGCCCAAAAACUUCAUUGAGGCUAAUAUUAAUGAUGUGUAUAUGAAGAGUGCGGCAAGAAGCUUGGAAAGAGAGCAGCACAAACAGACCUACUUCUCCCUGGAUAUAGACCCGGCUUACAACUACAGCAUACAGUAUUUGAACAGCACAGAGCUGGUCAAGGAGCAGCUGAGACAGUACCUGAAAGAGCAGGAUCCCACUGCCAGAUAUGCUUACAACCAUGAAUUUCUGUCUGGACUGUUUUGCCCUGUCAACAUCGACCAAGAGAACAAAAACUUGGAGGCGGACAGUCGGGCUCGCUGGAAGACGGAGAAGGGCUGGACUAAUCCUGGAAAGAAGGCUGUUCGUGAGAGUUAUGCCCAUAAGAAUCACCCAGAUUCCGCACGAGUGGAAGAACUUCAAGAGGAGUGGAUGGAAAACAGUUUGCACACCAACAUAUUCAAAUCCCCACUCGACAGAGACCACUAUCCCUGGAAUGACCGAAAGAAAGAUCUGGAGCUGUACUGCAAACCUCCGCCAGAUUUUGGAAACCAAGCAGCUCUGUCUAUGUAUGCUAGUGAAGCCUGUGUUCCUGAACAGUGCAAGGCUGGCCGUUUGGAAAACACUGAGGAUUGGAAGUCCCGUGUGGUGACCGAAGAUGUCAGGCAGUAUUUCCAUCGGCUUCUGCCUGCAACUGAGAUGACAGUUAAAGGAUUCUAUUCCAGCAACCAGUUGGACCGACUGAAGGGUCUUCUCAAAGAUCCAGCAAGGAAAUAUGGUCUCAGGCUGAGUUCCAAUGUGAAUGACAUUCCAGCUCUGUCAGUGAUUGGCCAGCCGUGUUUGAACAAGUCUGCCAACAGAACAGAGUCGCUCUCCAGGUUUGAGGAAUCUGGUGAUACAUUUUGUGGGCUUCGACCUGGAGAUUUACCGCACUCCUGGACAAGAGAUGACAACCAGGUCCCGUGCCACAACUAUGAACAUGAUAAGUUCAGGCAGUUGAAAGGUCAUGACUUCAGUGCAAGCCACAAGAGCAGAAAUCCGCUAAGCUUGCGGCCGAUCCUGGCUUUACGACCAGAAGAGAGAGACAACAGUUUAUUUCGAAGACCAUUCUCAGCAAGUCCUUACAGACGGCCAUUACCUCCAGUAAACCACCGGGCACAAACAGCACAAAGUUCAAACAGUCAAGAAAACUUUGCUCGGAUUCAAGAAGUGGCUUCUGAAAAUGUCAGAGUUUCAGAAAACACAGCAUUAAAUGUGCCUGCUGAAUCUGUAGAUGAUACUUGCCUAGAAUCUGAGAACAAAGAGGAACCAUUUACACAGCAUGUGCUGGCAACAGCCUAG